GUUUCUUUCAGUUUUGUGCUGUGAGAUAAUGAGACUCUUGCUGCCUUUGAUCAUCCUGAAUGUCAGCGGCACCGCUUUCCCAGCAGCCAAAGGUACCUUGCGUUCACCUUGAGGCAAGAUCCCGAGGUUACGGUGACGAGAGGUGACACGGCAAAACUUUACUGCAUCUUUCCAAUUUUGCCCCAUAAAUACGUGAGAGUGCAUUGGUGGAGAGACGGGGAAGACAGUUUCCUGGACGAGAGACUCGACAGAAGAAUCUAUUCAUAUUUCCUAAACCAGGGAGGUGCCAUUUUACAGAUUAAUGCUGUGACAGCAGAGGACGCCGGGGUUUAUUUCUGCCGGUUGACACAUGCCACAGUUUCAAAUGGGACAGGUACAAAGCUGAUGGUUUACGAUCCUCCAACCCCCCUGCGUCUGAUGGUUAUGCUGCCUAAGAACGAGUCAGUCACCCUCGCUCUUAUUUGUAACACCGCUGCGUUUUUCCCGCAAGGUCUGAACAUAACUUGGUACAAGAAUUGCUCAGAUAUUAUACCUGAAGUCCAGCCUAUCAAAACAAAGACAACUGCGGGAUUGUACGAGGCUUCAAGCUGCCUGACUGAGACUGAGCCUGUGGAGGACGGGACAGUUUAUACCUGCCAGGUUUCUCACAUCGCUCUUCCAAACCCUGCUAACAUCAGCUACAUUUUCUACAAUUCAGAUUCAGGCAACUACAAUUCAUUUGCUGAUCAGAAUUUCGGUUACGUAGCAAGAGGAGUAAUGUUCUUCCUGAUUCUCACCUUCAUUGUGACAGGCAGAGCUUACGCUAGCCGGAGGAGAUCAAAAGCGACAUGAAUUGAAAGAAAAGAAAGCAAAUUGAAAGAAAGCAAUUGAACUGCCGUGGUGUGAUAUACCCUAACGCCCAGAUUCUGGGCCAUUGCAGCCCGGAGAUCUGAUAUAAAUUGGGCACCGACAUCAUACGUCACUCUGAAAUUGGCUUGGGCUAAGAUGUCUGCUGAAGUCAGACAUGCUGAACAGAAAACAAUAUAUCCCCAGGUUUGUAGAGCAUGGCAGUUAAUGCAGGAACGAACUAAUCAAAUAUGAAAACGUUUUAAGUAAUUAUUUCUACUGCAUUUAUGGUUUUGUAGAUAUUCGCAAA